AUGUCACUUACACCAGUGGUGGUGAGGGUCAGGCUGUGUCCACUACACAAAGGUAAAGAAAAAACACUGUCCUUAACUUUACCUACAAAUAUUUGUACUUUCUUUCUUUGCCCCUCCACCCCCCCGACCUUUCUUUCAUUGUUUUUUUUUUUUUUUUUUUUUUUUUUUUUUUUUCUCUCUCUCUUUUUUGGUUUGUUUCUUUUCUCUCUCUCUUCCUUUUUGGUUUGUUUCUUUUUCUCUCUCUCUUCCUUUUUGGUUUGUUUCUUUCUUCUCUCUCUUCCUUUUGGUUUGUUUUUCUCUCUCUCUCUUCUUUUUUGGUUGUUUCUUUCUCUCUCUUCCUUUUUUGGUUUGUUUGUUUUUCUCUCUCUCUCUUCCUUUUGGUUUGUUUCUUUCUCUCUCUCUCUUCCUUUUUGGUUUGUUUCUCUCUCUUCCUUUUUGGUUUGUUUCUUUCUCUCUCUCUCUUCCUUUUUGGUUUGUUUCUUUCUCUCUCUCUCUUCCUUUUUGGUUUGUUUCUUUCUCUCUCUCUCUUCCUUUUUGGUUUGUUUCUUUCUCUCUCUCUCUUCCUUUUUGGUUUGUUUCUUUCUCUCUCUCUCUUCCUUUUUGGUUUGUUUUUCUCUCUCUUCCUUUUUUGGUUUGUUUUUUUCUCUCUCUCUUCCUUUUUUGGUUUUUGUUUCUCUCUCUCUCUUCCUUUUUGGUUUGUUUCUUUUCUCUCUCUUCUUUUUGGUUUGUUUCUUCUCUCUUCCUUUUUUGGUUUGUUUUCUCUCUCUCUCUUCCUUUUUGGUUUGUUUCUUUCUCUCUCUCUUCCUUUUUGGUUUGUUUCUUUCUCUCUCUCUUCCUUUUUGGUUUGUUUCUUUCUCUCUCUCUUCCUUUUUGGUUUGUUUCUUUCUCUCUCUCUUCCUUUUUGGUUUGUUUCUUUUCUCUCUCUUCCUUUUUGGUUUGUUUCUUUUCUCUCUCUUCCUUUUUGGUUUGUUUUUUCUCUCUCUUCCUUUUUGGUUUGUUUCUUUCUCUCUCUCUUCCUUUUUGGUUUGUUUCUUUCUCUCUCUCUUCCUUUUUGGUUUGUUUCUUUCUCUCUCUCUUCCUUUUUGGUUUGUUUCUUUCUCUCUCUCUUCCUUUUUGGUUUGUUUCUUUCUCUCUCUCUCUUCCUUUUGGUUUUUUUCUCUCUCUCUUCCUUUUUGGUUUGUUUUUUCUCUCUCUCUUCCUUUUAGAUUUGUUUCUUUCUCUCUCUCUCUUCCUUUUGGUUUGUUUCUUUCUCUCUCUCUUCCUUUUGGUUUUGUUCUUUUUCUCUCUCUCUUCCUUUUUUGGUUUGUUUCUUUUCUCUCUCUCUCUUCCUUUUUGGUUUGUUUCUUUUCUCUCUCUCUUCCUUUUUGGUUUGUUUCUUUUCUCUCUCUCUUCUUUUUUGGUUUGUUUCUUUUUCUCUCUCUCUCUUCCUUUUUGGUUUGUUUCUUUUUCUCUCUCUCUUCCUUUUUUUUUGUUUCUUUCUCUCUCUCUCUUCCUUUUUGGUUUGUUUCUUUCUCUCUCUCUCUUUGGUUUUUUGGUUUGUUUCCUUUUUUUUCUCUCUCUCUUCCUUUUUGGUUUGUUUCUCUUCUUUUUGGUUUGUUUUUCUCUCUCUCUUCCUUUUUGGUUUGUUUCUUUCUCUCUCUCUCUUCCUUUUUGGUUUGUUUUUUUCUCUCUCUCUUCCUUUUUUGGUUUGUUUCUUUUCUCUCUCUCUUCCUUUUUGGUUUGUUUUUCUCUCUCUUCCUUUUUGGUUUGUUUCUUUCUCUCUCUCUUCCUUUUUGGUUUGUUUCUUUCUCUCUCUCUCUUCCUUUUUGGUUUGUUUCUUUCUCUCUCUCUUCCUUUUUGGUUUGUUUCUUUCUCUCUCUCUUCCUUUUAGGUUUGUUUUUUCUCUCUCUUCCUUUUUUGGUUUGUUUCUCUCUCUCUCUUCCUUUUUGGUUUGUUUUUUCUCUCUCUCUUCCUUUUUGGUUUGUUUCUUUCUCUCUCUCUUCUUUUUGGUUUGUUUUUCUCUCUCUUCCUUUUUGGUUUGUUUUUCUCUCUCUUCCUUUUUGGUUUGUUUCUUUCUCUCUCUCUCUUCCUUUUUGGUUUGUUUCUUUCUCUCUCUCUUCCUUUUUGGUUUGUUUCUUUCUGUCUUUCUUCAAGCUCAAUCUUCAUGUUCUAAAAAAAAGUAUGACUCAUGAAAGAAGCGAAAAUAAUGACAGAAAAAGAUAUUAA